AUGGCGUUCACGGUCGUGGCCUUCUGCUGCAUGCUGGAGCUGCUGCUCACCGCCAUGCUCAUCUUCUCUGCCAUCUGGCACAUUAUAGCAUUUGAUGAGCUGAAGACUGAUUACAAGAAUCCUACAGACCAGGGAACCAGCAACCAGUGUAAUGCCCUCAGUCCUCUUGUACUUCCAGAGUACCUCGUCCAUGCUUUCUUCUGUGUCAUGCUUCUUUGUGCAGCAGAGCGGCUUACCCUGGGUCUCAAUAUGUCCCUGUUGGCAUACCAUAUUUGGAGGUAUCUGAGUAGACCAGUGAUGUCUGGACCAGGACUCUAUGACCCUACAACCACCAUGAAUGCAGAUAUUGUAGCAUAUUGUCAGAAAGCAGGAUGGUGCUAA